AUGGAUGAGAUGAGAGGAAAGGCGAGGGGGAUAGGAGGUGUAGGAAAUGAAAAGAUGGAGGAGGAACGUUAUAAUUUUAUAUUGCAGAUGAAUUUCAAAAAUAUUUUGAUAGCUGUUGGCAUAAGUGUUAUUGUUGGACUGUAUCUUCAAGAUUCAAAGAAUGGAACUGUUUCACAGGGAUUUGUGGAAAAAAAAUACCAAAGAUUGAGGAAAUUAUUUGACCAAAUUUUAAAAUAUGAAAAAGAAGGAGUCACUGUUGCUGUUUAUAAAAAUAAUAAACUGAUCGCUGAUCUAUGGGGCGGUUAUGCUGACAGAGAAUCAUUGAGACUUUGGGAAAGGGAUACAUUGACCAUUGGUUUUUCGACGACAAAAGUUAUUGCAGCUUUAAUUGUUGCAAUUUUGGUUAGUCGAAAUCAGUUGAAAUAUGAGGAAAAGGUUGUUAAGUAUUGGCCCGAAUUUGGAAAACACGGUAAAGACAACGUUACCAUACAGUGGUUGGUUGAGCAUAAGGCCGGAUUGAUCAAAUUCGAUGGAGAACUAAAGCUGGAGGAUGGAAAUAAUUAUCAGCAUAUAUCACGGUUAAUUGAAGAGACAAAACCAGUUUGGCCGCCAGGAACAAAAGUGGGAUAUCAUGCAAUAACAUAUGGUUGGCUAAUAGAUCAAAUAGUGAGACGGGCAGACGUAAAAAAAAGAGGAAUUGCAGAGUUUUAUAGAGAAGAAAUACGACCAUUAGCUUCAGAUAAAGAUUAUUUUAUUGGUUUACCGCACUCAGAACUUCACCGACUUGCCCGUGUAGUACCAGCAACACGUCGCGAAUUUAUAAAAGCAGUUAUUUUAAAUCCAUUUUACACUCAGUUUUGUUUGCGCAAUCUUCUUGAAAAUUUUGGCACCAUAAAUUGCCAUGGUUUAAUGGAUAUUGCUGGAACCUAUCCUUCAUGGCUUGGUAUCAUGCAGUGGGAACUGCCAUAUAAUAAUCCGAAAGUCCAACAAAUCGAAAAUACAGCUGUAAACGGAUUUGGUACUGCCAGGGGCUUUGCUUCAGCAGUUUCAGCGAUACUUCAGGUGCCAAAUUUUGAAAGUUCUCCAAAAAAUCUUUUUCCUAAUCAUUACUGCGAUUGA